GUCAAGCACUGUGGAGCAGAGUAAAACAAUUUGCUGAUUUGACGGGGCUAGACAUACAAAGUCCAAUCGUUCCGGUGGUCAUUGGCAGCGAGAUAGAUGCACUCCUGGCGAGCAAGGACGUUCUCAAGGCUGGUUUUCAUGUACUGCCAAUUAGACCACCAGUUGUUCCUCCAAAUUCAUCCAGGCUUAGAAUCACUUUGUGUGCCUCGCAUACAGAAGCUCAUGUACAGGCUCUAUACGAAGCUCUUGCUCCAUGGCUAUCACGAAGCAAGACGAUUGCCUUCGAGCCUCUCUCCAAGCUGUGAGACACGACAGAUUUACAGGCGAUUAUACGAAGUUACUUUUUUCUCUGGUAACUCAAAGAAUCACAUGCAUAACUCUUGUCUGUCACAUGUAGAGACAGGAGGAAGUUUGCUUCCAACGCAAAUCUUCUGCACUUCUAUCCUCGUCCCGUCUACUUCAAUUAAACGAGACGUGAAAAUGUCAUUGGUUCUGCUGUUGUUGCUGCUGCUGCUGCUGCCCCUGGUUGUGCAUUCGGUCCCAACGAUCGGUGCCAGAGGAGUACUUGGCAAAGAUGGAAACUCCAUCGCUUAUCUCGCAGACUUUAGAGUGAACUCCACCCCCAUCUUUGACGAGAGGCCCGACGUCUUCUUUGCGAUGGACACGAACGCGCAGCACGUCAGACUCUCCAGUAAUUCGUGCGCCGCCGCCAACACACGCAUCACCAAGCUGGGCCUCUGGUCGCUUCAAACAGCACAAGAUGGCCAGGUUGCAAGUACGUCCGACUCGUUCCUCGGCAACGUUGACAUCCUCUGCCGCAAGAAAGGCCGCAACGUCGCCCCGCUGAGCUCCAAGAACACGAGCUUGCCCGCGCAGCUCUCCAAAGUCGAGAAAACUCCUCUCAGGUUCGCCUAUGUGCUUUGGGAUCAAACGUUUGCAACGCUUCUCUUUGGUAAGACGCUGUGGAUACAGUACACAGGUCUGGGGAGGACAGUACCGGUCGUGUUCGUCCACAUUCCUCUCAAGCUGGACGCCACUGCCGCGAGCUACAUGGUGAAGGUGACCGGCAUUGGAUUCAAAGAGUUUUUGAUCCGGCAGAAGUACUACGUCGAGAUCAGCGUCACCCAGCGCUUCACCACUCUCCCGUCCAAGAUCUACAGCUUCAUCGUGAAUCAGUUCCAGCAAGAGGCAAGCGAGAAGAAGAUCAAGCGAGUCUCCGCCAGCGCCUACAACGGAAAGCUGAGCUUGUGCUACCAGAUGAGGAGCUCCGACGUUAGAGGAUUCCGCAACGUCACCAUGGUGUUUAGUAGCAAGUUCCGGUGGAGCGUUCCCGCGGACAAGUACUUGGUGCCAAAGCCCGGCACGAGCAACGUGUUUUGCUUGGCAUAUCUGCAAGCUCCUGGGAAUGGCAGCCAUGGAGUUAUUGGAACGCUCCAGCAAGAACGCCGCGCCAUGGACUUUAACUUGGAAACGAAGAGCUUGGGUGUAAGUUUUCCUCUCAUUGGACCCCUCACCACUCCUUGAGAACAACUUCUCUCUCUGUUUAGUUUUCCAAUAGAGCUGGAGCUCGAAAAUCAUGUGUUUUUCCUCUUCUUCUCCUAGAAAGAAUGAAGAAAAUCUUCUCGUCCGUAGAUCGGC